GGGGAAGCUUUGGGUGUCGGCGGCGGCUCUUCCCUCCGAGGUCCCCGACUUCCAGGCUCGUCCCGUCGCCAUGUCGGGGCCCCGGGAGGAGCUGAGCGGGCGGCUCCGGCUGUCGUCCCCGUCGGGGCCCCGGACCAGCCUCCUGCUCCUCCGGCUCAGCGACGCGGCGCUGCGGGCGCUCCGGGACUGCCACCGGCUACAGGGGCGGCCCGGGAUCGCCUUCCAGGACGGCGGAGGGUACCUGCGGCUCCCGGGCCCCAGCGGCUCCCGCCUCUUCUCCUUCUCUGUGUCCGCCUGCGUCCAGGACGGGUCCCGGGGAGGCCUGGACCUCGUGCGCCGCCGCCAGGGCAGGUCCGGGCCCGGCCCGCUCCGCUGCCUGGGGCCUCUCCGGGAACGCAUCACCGUCUGGGCGGCCGAGGCUCCGGCUCCUGCUCGGGCCCCGGCCCGGGCCCCUGCCCACUGCUCUGCCCAGCCCGCCAGAGAGUCAUCGAGCCGGCCGGCCGGCGGAGACCGGCCUGGGGUGGACCCAGGGAGACGGUCGCGGACAGGCCUGGACCAAGCACGAGAGGCCCCGGGAGGAAUCUCGAGGGACCAGCUGGCUCAGCGGCUAUUGAGGGACCAGACUCCGUGUCCUGCGAGGGAGCCAGAACCGAGGCAGCCGGGCCCCUCCGGCCAGAGGUCCCAGGCCUUGCAGCUGCGGCAGCCGCAGGCCUCUCCGGACGGCCCGGUCCCGCAGGAGGGAUAUUCCACAGAGGGGCUGCCCAGCCGCGAUCCGGGACAAGGUGAGGAAAGGAAAGAAGAGGAGGAGGGGGAAGAGGAAAAGGAAGAGGAAGAGGAGGAAAUGGCUCUGCACUUAGAUCACAGCCCUCCGGCACAGACAGGCCCUGAGCCACCCCAGCCAGAGGAAACGCCUGACUACUUCCUGCAGUUCGGGACCAUCCGCGACGCCGAGCAGCGCCAGGCCUACGCACAGGCCUUCGGGGCUGACUAUGCCGAGUACAGGGCCCUGCAUGCCCGGGUCGGGGCCGUCAGCCGCAGGUUCACCCAGCUCGGGGCUGAGAUGAAGCGGGUGCAGCGUGGGAGCCCACAACACAAGGUGCUGGCCGACAAGAUCGUCCACGAGUACAGGAAGUUCCAGAAGCGCUACCCGGACUACCGGGAGGAGAAGAGGCGCUGUGAGUAUCUGCACCAGAAGCUGUCACACAUCAAGGGCCUCAUCGUGGCAUUUGAAGAAAAGAACAGGACCAGCUGAGGGUCCCGGCCCUGGCCCGGAGAGACGAGGGGAGGGGAGGUGCUCCCGGGGCGGGCUGAUGGCAGCCAUACUCGCCUUCAGAAAAAGUGGGGACGGGCUCCUGGGGUUGACUUAGCACCCUGCUGGAGGCUGCCAUUCUGCCCCAGGGGCUAGGAGGUGGAUGUUACUAGCUCCUCAAACCCCCCUCCUGCUGACAGCAGUCACAGGCAGAGCUCAGGAGCAGGGAGUAGGGCCUCCUCCAGGCCGGGGCCAGAGAGGCAGUGGGUGAGACUCACUUGGAGGCCAUAGUGGGAAAGGGGCUAGGGUCAAGGGAGGUGCUUGCCCCCAUCCAGACGACGAUUGUGAAUCUCUACAACAAGGCUGGGAAACAGAGGUCUGGUCCCGUGUGCUUCUUUGGCUCGUCUCUUUCCUC